AUGGGGGUAGUGCUACUAAAACAUAUAUUUGAUGCUUGGGAAAGGUCCCAGAGCGCUGUUGGGGUUUUCUGUGACCUCUCAAAAGCAUUAGAUUGUGUGGACCAUAUUACUCUUGUUAGGAAGCUAGAAUAUUACGGAUGCGUAGCAGCAUGGUGUGUGCUGGCCGUGCUGGUAGCGGUUGCAGCCGAAGAUACGCCGCCAGGACUGGUGGCUAAGGACAGCGAUCAUGAUCUGUUAGCAGAAGCCUCGCAUACAGAUCUUCCGCAACCAGCCCCCAUCUACGGAGUACCAGAAAUCAACAACAACAUCUUCCAAAGUUUCCAAACGCCGGCAGGAGCUUACGGGCCCCCCGCACCAGUGGUCUUCCCUAGUCACAACUACGAAGGCCCGCCACCACCCGUUAUCAAACCGAAACCUGUUUACGGGCCACCAGCAAAACUUUACGGGCCACCUAAACAAAGUUACGGGCCACCAAAACAAAGUUACGGUCCACCCAAACCAGUUUACGGGCCACCCAAGAAACUCUACGGUCCACCCAAACAAAAUCUUCCAAAACCAAUAUAUGGAGCACCUUUCAAACCACCAAAGAUCAGUUUCCCGAAACCAAUUUAUGGUGCACCGAAACCAAGUUACGGACCGCCUAAACCGAUUUAUGGGCCACCCAAAGUAUCUUAUGGAACACCGCUGAGUGUACCACCUAUUCCUCUGUCUUUGCCGCCUGUACUACCUAGCCAUGGUUUUGAUAACAACAUUGAUAUUGGACUUAAUCUUCCAGCCCCCAUCUACGGCACACCAUUACCAAAUCUUCCAUUAGACUUGAAACCAAACUUCCCUAUCCCUGCUGAUACCUAUGGUCCACCAGGUCAUGCUUUAGGACCUAUAGGACCCAACGAUCAAGUCGUUGUCCAUCAAGUCAGCAAUGUGCACUAUGGUCCACCCCAACCAGAUCCAAACCCUAGGCCACCACACCCUGGAAUUCCUGCUCCUCCGACACCUCCUCAUGUACUUUACGACGGAUGGAAACCCAUUCCCGGAGUAUCACGCCCUAUCGGUGGUCAUGUGGAACAGCAUAUCGGAGAUCAAUACGGUCCACCACCCCCAGUCCAGGAAAUCCAUCUAAAUCUGGACCAACCCUUGCCAAAUAUAGAUCAUGGACAAUCUUUCUUUGGAGCUCAGGUAUCUUCAGGAUACUCCAGCGUCCAUCAUGAUGCCCUAGCCGAUAUAGACUUGAAAGCUCUUGUAGGUGGAGAAUCAAACGACAUAGAUCAAUCUAAAACGGUCUUUGAGGCUCAUUAUACUGAAAAUCAGAACUUACCGAACCAUGACUCCGGUUUGUCGUUUAUCCAAGCUAUCCCAUCUGACAGUUAUGGAGCACCGCCUUUGGAUUCCCUUUCAAAUGGUCACUAUCCAUCAUCAAUAAGACAACAAGGAGCCAAAGGGCUGAUUCCACCUUCAGGAGUAUACGGUGUCCCUCCAGGAAGUCAAUACGGAGCUCCUCCAAGACCCCCAUCAUCAAACCUCCCUCUGCCUUAUGGAUCCUUGACAGGAGGAGGCCACUCUGGGGGCAUUACCCCAAGACACCCGAUCAAAUUCCGGGAACCAGUACCCGAAGGCCUGAUCCAACAAAUUGGUCACAAUACUCAUCAUAAAGAUAUCCACGGUAAUAAUCAUGCAUCUCAUGGACCGACGUACUUACCACCACCAAUCAGAGAUACUAAAGACGUGAACCAUAACAUUGGAAACCCCGGAAUUGAAAGUUUGUCCUUAUCAAUAGAACCUUCUAAUCUGUACAGUCUUCCACAUUCGGGAAAUCCUUUAAAUUUCCAUAACCAGCACCAGCAACCUAGCAGUUCAUAUGGAUCACCAGUUGAUUCCUAUUCAGUACCUUUGUUCACGGUUGAUCAUACUGGCUCAGCGUCUAGUGUCAACGAAAUUAGAGCAACUUUAGACGGAAAUAUUCUGGCCAAUCUAUCGAAUUUGGAAGCAGCAGCAAUCUUGAAACACUGUCCGUACCACGAAGCUAUUCUGAAAGCGGCAACAUAUGGCGAUAAAAUACCGUCUGAUCUGGCAUCAAGUUAUGUAGCAAGUUUAAGCUCUCUAGGGUCUACAUUGUCAAAGAGUCAACAAACAUUGAUUUCACCACAAAACGGCUUCAACACCCCUGUACCUGGCAGCGAUUCAGUUUCCUACAAUUCCAAAGAUUUAGCAACCGCAUCACACACCUUUGUGCAAACGAUUGUACCUAACGAUAUUAAAUUGGAAAAAACAGAGAAAUCAAGUGUACAAAAAAGUAAAUCGUUAAAAGAUGGAUCGAAAAAUAUUUAUAAAGAUGAUAAAUUACAACAAGUCACCAAUCAGAUUUUGAAGACUUCAGAGAGAAUCAAGAGUUUAAGCGAAGAGACUAAGGAGUUGCAACAAAAGAUCGUAUCCACAAAUCAAAAUCUAAACAACGUUAACAGCCAAGGUAAUUAUGAAAAUAUACCAGUUAAAGGAAAACAAGGAAGUUAUUCAUUGCAGAUUCAAUCUGCCGAUGGUCCAAGCAAGGAUAGCCCAACAAUACCUCACGCGCAGUUAUUAUCUGAAGGUCUAUUACAGAGCAUAUUACAGGCAAUAGAACAACCUAAUCAAAAUCAACAGAGAGUUCAAAUUCAUACGCCAAAUUAUCAUGAUACUGGCCGGAUACCAAAUCACAACCAGGCCUUGCAACGUCCUGUUCAAAUUAAACCAAAUUAUCAAGGUUUAGACAAUGGUGGACUUAUUCUACCAGCUGGUUAUGAGCCUAUAGAUAGAACGAAACAGGGUAGUAAUAUACAAACUGUAAAACCAGUAGAAUAUAAUGAACAAAAGGCAAAUGUGGAUCAAGAAAUUCAAAGCACAAAUCAGAAUAUUAAACUAAUGCUGCAUAAUGAAAUCACACAUCAACAACACAGAGGUGACAUACCUCAAACUGAAUGCGACUUAAAGGCCGAACAUUCCAUACGACAUAUUAGUGUGUUGCCUGCACCACAAAAUACAAUCGAUGACGUACAAAACAACGAUGAUGUAGCUAUAUAUUUUGAUGAGAAAAAUGAAGAAAAAGAACCAGUAACAGAAAUAUCGGUGGCAACAAGUAUAAGUGAAAACAUCGAGAACUACAGCCCUGAGUUUGGCGAGAAACUAAAAAAGAAACAGUGAACCUUUUUAGGUUAGGAAUCUAGUCUGUUGAUUGACCAGUGGGUAGAAAAUACGUAGACUGAUAAAAUCAUAAUCCUCUUUGACGUAGUCGGGUAAUUUAAAGACUGUAGACACUGUUAUAAAAUCAAAAUAUACUAUGUAAUGUUAAAAUUUGACAAGUUUCUAAGAGCUGAUAGCUUGAAUUUGAAAUCACGCCAUCUUGCGGAAUUUUAAAAAACUCAAUUCCUUUAUUAAUAUUUAUUUUAUUGAAUAUCAUGGUGUUUUUACGAUUUUUGUGAAAAUUGUUAUUAUUGAUCCAAAAACCGAACAACACAAAGAAAAUUCUUUCGAUCCAGCUGGACUAGCUACUUUUUCGCCAAACCGGGGCUACCGCUCAGCUGAAUCUAAGGAUUUUUUCUUUGUAUAUGUUAGACAUAUAACCAGAAAUAAAGUCGAAAUAAGGGCCAUCCAUCCCUGGUAACUCAUCAGGUAAAGAUUAGAAAGCUGAAAUAGUACAGCGCCAAGAACCGA